AUGGCGAAGCCUGUUGUGUGGACGCGCACGCACCCUCUUACCUCUGCUCUUCAAGAGGAAGCACUCACAGGGUCCCCGCCACAGACAGGGAGGGGGAAGCGCGCCGUCUGGCGAAGAGAGCUGCCUCUGGCCCCCGCACACCGCCCCAGCGGGGCCCUUGGUCCAUUCCAGAGCCGGACAGUCCCGCUCCGCGACUGCCCCCACUGCCACCCGCACGCCCAGGUCGGGACGGACCUGCAGCCUCGGCCUCCUUGCCCGCGUAGGUCUCGACCCCAGAGAAGGCGCCGGAGCACGAGCCUUCAGGACCAAGGACAGCGGCGACCCCGGGAGUGGGAGACGAGAGCCAAAGCCGCCUCUCCCCCAUCCUUGGCUUCUGCUCUUAGAAACCGGAAAGCGGGAGCCGAGCCCUCGGCCGCCCGCUGUGCUCCCACGCACACCCGGAAUAGCACUGUGGCCCGGGUCGCCUCGGUCAAGCGUUGCUUGCCAGUCCUCUCCUCCGAGGAGUCAGAAGCCCAGGGCUGCGGGCGGCAGCACCUAUCCAGCGAAUCGCUAAGGAGGAGGAGGAGGAGGUGUCGGGAGGGGUCCAGGACCCGUUUUCUGGCUUCAGGUCUGGGAAUCUCUGUGGUCCUUCCUGGUGCUUGGCUCUUCCAGAGGAGAAGCCUGCUUGGUGCUGACCUGAGCUGGGAAGGAGAAAGGCGGCCUCUGGGGUUCCUGCUCACCUUUGACUCCAAACAGAAGGGAGAACUGAGGCCCAGAGAUUGCCCUUGCAAAUCCCGCAGAGAUCCAGCACUGGACUGGUAUCCCUCUUCUGAGACACACAAAAGAGCACUUCUCACGAAUCCAGCAUCUCUGGAGCCUCAUUGUGGAUACCAUCCCCUCCGAGUGAAUGAAUCAAUGAGUUUUGGAAAGGGUUGCAGGGAUGACUACUCUGGAGUUUUCCGGAUACCAGUCCUGGAAUUGGAUGGAAACCAACAAACCAACCGACCUCUGAGAAGCAAAGAGAAAAACACAGAUUUGUGGGCCCAAUGCCUGCUUUAUUAGAUCAUAAAUUAGGGGAAGGGUGUUAGGGUUCUAUAUUUCUGAAAAGCCAACCAGUGAUUCGGAGCCUCAGGCAGUGGGGAAGUCACUGAUCUAAGCCACGCCCCUUAUUUUGCAUAUGUGGGAGCCGAGGCCCAGAGAGGUUAAAUCCACAAGGCACUUGAAUUGACUUUGGUGUUGUAAUGAAGCAAAACUUUGAGCAAAGUUAAUCUGACACAUUUAGUGCUAUACAUAAUCAUUAUUGUGCCACAUGGUAAUUAGGCAUAAAUAGUGGGUAAGCUAUUCAGAGGGAGGACUAUUAUUACAGUUAUAGAAACCAAGUAUUUGGGGAGGGUCAUACCAGAGGCAAGGCAACGGAGUCAUUGGGAAAGGUUGGGGGGUGCUGCGCCGAGGCCGCACAGAGCCCUGUCGCCUGCGAUCCAACACAGCCGAUGACAGGUGGGUUUGCCCACGGAGCUGAGAGUCAGGUGGGAGCUGGGUUGCUAAGAGGUGGUUCAAGGCAAGCCUUCAGGCAAAACAGAAAGAUAAGACAAUGUCUGGCCCCUUCUUCUGGUGAGAGAGGGACUGGACUGGCUGGAGCAUCCUGGGAGGAGAAGGAAACUCAUACUUUGAGCAGAAGCAUCAUCCUCACAACAUUGGAAGGCUCAUUGUUUUCUGGAUGCAAGUUCCAGGUUCCUCUCCAUUGCACCAUGUGUCUGAAGUGCCUGACACCCCUCUUCCUCAUAACUGUAUGUCCAAUUUCUCCCGGUCUUUCCAGACCCAACUCACAUCGUUGAAGUGCAUGAGGCCUUUCCUUGUCCCCCACACCUCUAUCUUAAUAAAGGUAUGUACCUCUUUGUGACAUU